AUGGCCAAGAAGCCCAACAAGAAGAACCCAAAACAGAACGAGAAGGGUAAGGCGCCGGACGACAAGAGCGAGGAACAGAGCGAGAAGAGCAAGGAACCGGUCAAGAAGGACAAAAAGCCCAACGUAGGGCAUAAAUCCCGUAUACCGGACAAACUUGCUGAAGCGAAGGACAAGGGCUUUAUAUCACAUUGGGGUGAUGACACCCGAGGAACUAGUUGGAACAUUCGUACACAACACGAUGUUCGGGCAACAGAAGAACAACGCGCGCCGGCUAUUCGUGCGGAUCAUGUAGGCUUUGGAGCAGGCUCAACUUCGAACAUCGACGCGCCACCUCCCGCCCCACGCAUUUCGGUAUCCCCGCUGCCCCCAGACGACUCCGGCGACGAUGUGCAGAUGACUGGUUCCAGCUCUUCGAUCACAGCACCAUCAGAGCAGCAAUUCGUGGCGGAACCUCGCACAGCCGUCUCUGGUGCAUCCCUGGAGCCCUUCGACCCCGAGCAACGUGAGCGGGCGGCUGGAUCGACUCCUGUGCAUCAACAUCCGUUCUUUCCGCCUGAGAACCCUCCCCCGUCUUCCUCAUUCGACGCGCCUGGCGCUCAAGAGUACGCAACGAGAUCCGAUCUCUACGCGAACUCCCCCAACACGUACUUCCCCUCGCCGUCCGACCACGGUUCUAUCGCCCCCGGCCCUGGCCCCCUCCAGCGCUCCCCUGAUGACGCCUUGUCAGAUACGCCUCCUUACACGACCGACAUGCCGUCCUUCGCUGCCGAGAACGCUACCACCAACAUCUCUGCCCGCUACGAUGAUCCUCCUCCGUCUUCGCCGCGCAUGUAUGGCAUGACGGGCGGAUACGGCAUGGUAGGCGGAUCGGGCGAGGGGCGUCCGUUGACGACCGCGCAGCGCACGACUCGUCGCAUUUCCAAUCGCGCGCGCCAGGCUCCCUACCCCACUCCUAGGACUGUCAACAACGCCACGGACCCCUACUUCUCUCCUCCCGGGCCGAGUGGUUCUAAUGCGUCGUACGUCACCCCGGCCGAAGCGUCUCCCCCGAGCUCUAGCUUGCUCUUCGCGCCGACCUAUUCGACGCUCGCGCACGCGCUCGACGAACCACCCGUCGCCCCGAGCUAUGCCCCGGCCCCAUCCGCUGCCCCGGCCUCAGGAGCGGAGGACUGGUACGACCCUGCUGUGUACUAUCAGGAUCAAGCUGGUAGUUCGUCGUCGCGCGAAGGGACUGCCGAGCAGGUCUCUUCCGACGAAGAUGACCUCACUCUGGAAGAGUGGCUCUGCAUGAUGCAAGAGCUCUCCGGCGAGCAUUGGGCGCUGGACGGCGCGCCCCCGGCUUGAAAGGGAGCCACAAGACUACAAUCACAUACCCGCAAGCAACCACACUCAUAUCAACCACCGCAAGCAGUACACACGUUUACGCUGCACGUUCCACAUAGUAUCUCGUCACGCUCUUC